AUGGCAUCUUGGAACGGUGACGCCCGUUGCAUGGGAGAACAAGGUCUAGAUUCCCCAGAAGUCGCAGCGUUGACCCCGCCAAGUUCUACGCUGCGGAAACCAGCGACCCCUGUCAAACGGGACAAAACUGUCCAUCCAUUAUCUCCCGAAAUGUCAUCACCGAUCAGACCUCCCAAAUCUCGCAAAACUUCCAACAAGCAGGAUACUCCGUUGAUUACGACUCGAUCCUCAAACUCGCAAACCUUAGAAGAACUUAUUGACACUUUUACAGACGAUAAAAGGCUUUUGCUGCUUCGAGAUCCCACGAGAAAACCACCUUUUUCAUACGCGAUGCUUAUCGGGCUUGCAAUUUUGCAGUCAGAACACUUAAGACUAACGUUGUCUCAAAUCUAUCAGUGGAUUACUCUCCAUUUCCCCUUCUACAAACUGAGUGACUACGGUUGGCAAAACAGUAUACGUCACAAUUUGUCACUCAACGAGGCCUUCAUAAAAGGCGAUAAGUCGCCAGACGGGAAAGGUCAUUACUGGCAGGUGAAGCGCGGAUGUGAAGCCAAGUUUUUUAAAGGUGGCCAAUCAGACGACGAGAUCCGGCUCAAACUGGCAAAGCUUUGUUCCAGCGUGCUGGCUGCAACGGGGACAGGGCCACAAUCACCCCCAGAUGCUGCAGACCUUUCGCGGGAUCUUUUUAGCCAAACCAUCCGCGAAACAGCUAGAGAACGUCGUAGGAUGAAGGGAAGAAAAUUGGAAGAACCUUGUCAGCUAGAUAUCUCGACCGAUGAGGACAGCGAUGGCGAUGAAGUCAAGGGGACUACUUUCAAUGUGGCAUCAUCACCUUCGCCCUUCGAUACACAACGUGAAAUAAGCAGCAAUGAUGCCUGUGUCAUCGACGAGCCCGCUGAGACGUCCGGUGGACACGCAUUUCCUGCACACAAAUCACAAUCCGACUGUUUAUGGAAUGAAUUUAGUCUUUCCUUCUCACCAGUCCAAGAGGUGAAAAAGUACUCAUGCUCUUUUAACACCAGUUUUGACACCUCGCCACAUGCAAGAACCCCAAAGUUAGACUGUUCAUCGUGGGCUAAAUUCGGAUCACCGGAAGCGCACCCUCGCACCAAGACUACAGCCAGUUCCUUGGAUUUAUUAAAAACUCCUCAAAUCAAAUCGAUGAGCGCGACGUGUACCCCGCGUGAUCCCAAUUCGGUGCGCAGAUGGCGUUCUCCGAACGCCUUCGUGGACGAUUUCACGAGAUCUCCGAUUCUUAUCAAUGCCUCAAGGACGCCAAUGGUUCUGACCGAUCAAAGCAUGAUUUCUGAUGUCAUCCUCGACAAACAGCUUCCCGGCCACCAUUCUCAAAAUUUUUUUGAGAACAUCCGAUAUUCUUCUGGUUUAUUUGGCGUCGAUGUCUGCUCUGUUUGGAAACGUGCAGUGGAGAGUCGUCAGGACCCUUCGGCGCCUGGGAUAAAUGCUAAAGACACUGCCAGACUGGACAAGCCGUUUCAGCUUUCUCACAAAUAG